CUGGAGGUUAAACUAAUUAAGCUUGCCUGGCAGGAUUUGGGGGAAGUGAUGAUAUAUUUCAGGGAAAGGAUAUAUGUAGCAUGUGCUCUUGAUGUUCUGUGGUGGGGAGAACGAUGUGAAUCAGUCGUUCCUAGGAACAGCUCCUUUGUUUAGAAGACAACUUCCAAUUGAACCAUUGUCUGCUGAGGACAGCUGGCACCAGGACUUCAGCUGCAUUGGAUCCCUCUCAAAAAAAAACACAACCCAGGGGACAAAACAACACAAAGAUUGUGUAUUCCGUCCAUGUGAAAAGAGGAAAAACUUCUGCAGGAGAGCAGAAAGCUAAAAAGGCCGGUGAAGACCCUUCCGCAACAUGGAUAAGAAAAGCAAGCUGGUAACCUCCUUGCUCGGUUUGGUUUUGGGCAUAAACGUCUGUGCUGGAUUUACAGCUCAUCGUGUCAGAAGAUCUGGUGAAUUUGGGGAGGAGGGUCCGGACUCAGUCUUAUCAGAUUCCCCCUGGAUCAGUACUUAUGGCUCCUGCAAAAACCGAUGCUUUGAACUUGAUGAAGCAGAGCCUCCAGUUUGCCGUUGUGACAACCUGUGCAAGAGCUAUAGCAGCUGUUGUGUUGACUUUGAUGAACUGUGUUUAAAGACAGCCGGCGGUUGGGAAUGUACCAAAGAGCGCUGUGGAGAGACCAGGAAUGAAGAUCAUGCCUGCCACUGUUCAGAAGACUGUUUAGCAAGAGGAGACUGCUGUAGUAACUAUCAAGUGGUUUGCAAAGGAGACACUCCCUGGGUCAUGGAUGAUUGUGAGGAUAUUCGGACUCCAGUAUGUCCAGCAGGUUUUCUUCACCCUCCGCUGAUCAUUUUCUCUGUGGAUGGCUUCCGUGCAUCGUACAUGAAGAAAGGUGAAAAAGUGAUGCGCAAUAUUGAGAAGCUAAGGUCCUGUGGAACCCAUGCCCCCUACAUGAGACCUGUCUAUCCAACCAAAACCUUCCCAAAUUUAUACACUCUGGCAACUGGACUGUACCCUGAAUCUCAUGGAAUAAUUGGAAAUUCAAUGUAUGACCCUGUGUUUGAUGCUAUUUUUAACCUUCGAGGAAGAGAGAAAUUCAAUCACCGAUGGUGGGGAGGUCAACCGAUAUGGAUUACUGCUGCUAAGCAAGGAGUGAAAGCUGGAACAUUCUUUUGGUCAAAUGUGAUCCCUUAUGAGCGCAGAAUAUUAACCAUACUGCAGUGGCUAACUUUGGCAGACAAUGAAAGGCCUUACGCUUAUGCAUUCUACUCUGACCAACCAGAUAUGGCUGGCCACAGAUAUGGUCCAUUUAGUUCUGAGAUGUUAGGUCCACUAAGAGAUAUUGACAAGAUCCUUGGGCAACUAAUGGAUGGACUAAAGCAGCUGAACUUACACCGAUGUGCCAACAUUAUCUUCGUGGGUGAUCAUGGGAUGGAAGAUGUUACCUGUGAAAGAACUGAAUAUUUGAGCAACUAUCUGUCUAACGUGGAUGACAUAACAUUGAUACCUGGAACUCUAGGGCGUAUUCGUGCCAAAGCUAAUAGCAACGUUAAAUUUGACCCCAAAGCCAUUGUGGCCAAUCUCACAUGCAAGAAGCCAGACCAGCAUUUCAAACCUUACCUGAAGCAACAUCUUCCCAAGCGUUUGCAUUAUGCAAACAACCGAAGAAUCGAAGAUAUUCAUUUGUUGGUGGAAAGAAGAUGGCAUGUAGCCAAGAGGCCUGGAGAUGUGUUUAAGAAAAUAACUGGGAAGUGCUAUUUUCAUGGAGAUCAUGGCUAUGACAACAAAAUCAACAGCAUGCAGACAGUCUUUCUAGGCUAUGGCCCUUCAUUUAAAUACAAAACAAAAGUACCUCCAUUUGAAAACAUUGAACUGUACAACCUUAUGUGCGAUCUCCUUGGUUUGAAGCCUGCUCCCAAUAAUGGGACACACGGAAGCUUAAAUCACCUCCUCCGGAGCAGUACCUACAGACCCACCAUGCCGGAGGAAGUAGCAAGGCCCCUCCAUCCAGUAGCUACAACACCUUCAUCUGACUACGAUCUGGGAUGCAGUUGUGACGAUAAGAAUAGGUUGGAUGAACUGAGUCGACGUCCUUAUAGCAAAGGAACAGAAGCAAGAACCUACACAGGAGGAGAAGGAUUUUAUACCAACGACCCUGAGAAUGUAUUACCUGAGGAUGGAUGCGUCCCGCCACCAGAAAAGCAUCUCCUUUAUGGCCGCCCAGCGGUUCUUUUUCGUAUAAAGUACAGCCUCUUGCAUCAUCACGACUUUGAAAGUGGCUACAGCGAAACAUUCCAGAUGCCUCUCUGGACCUCUUACACUAUUUCAAAACAGGCAGAGACAUCUGGUGUCCCAGAUCAGGUGAUCAGUUGCGUAAGACCUGAUUUGCGCAUUUCUCCAAGCAACAGUCAGAGCUGUACAGCAUACAGAGUGGAUAGACAAAUGUCUUAUGGAUUCCUGUUUCCUCCCCAACUCAGUUCCUCAGUAGAAACAAAAUAUGAUGCUUUCCUGAUAACAAAUGUCAUUCCCAUGUAUCCUGCUUUCAAAAAGGUCUGGAAUUAUUUCCAGAGGAUUUUGGUGAAGAGAUACGCCAUUGAACGGAACGGAGUCAACGUGAUUAGUGGACCAAUCUUUGACUAUGACUUUGAUGGUUUGCAUGACACGCCAGACAAAAUCAAACUGUAUGUGGAAGGAAGUUCGAUCCCAGUUCCAACUCACUACUACAGCAUCAUCACAAGUUGUUUAGACUUCACUCAGCCUGCUGACAAGUGUGACGGACCUCUUUCAGUUUUGGCAUAUAUUUUCCCUCACAGGCCUGACAAUGAUGAAAGCUGCAAUAAUUCUUCUGAAGAUGAAUCCCGGUGGGUAGAAGAGCUCUUGAAAAUGCACACAGCGAGAGUACGGGAUAUCGAACAAAUUACCGGCUUAGACUUCUAUCGGAAGACCAGUCGAAGCUAUUCAGAAAUCCUUUCUUUAAAAACAUACCUGCAUACAUUUGAAAGUGAAAUUUAACUAUCUCUUAAAACUCAGCCCACCCAUCCUCUUAUGAAGUGCUGUAUAUUUUUAUAUUAUAUUUAUUAAUUUGAAACAGGACAUUAAAAUUAUUAGUGUAUUUUUAAUCUUGCAACAAAUCUUAAAAAUAUUAAAUCGGUGUCUGUUGUGUAUUGAAUCUUUAAUGUAAAACAUAUGUUUUUGGUUUUUUUUUAAAAAGAGCUCCUGAUGUGCAGCAGCUUAAAAGAGUCUCUUGGUUCAAAGCUUCUUAAAAUGGUACAGAAGAAUCACUUAACUUCGGUGGAGGAAAUGUAACUUUUAUUGCAUUCCCUUGUGCCAUGCUUUUUUUUUUUUAGUCCUGUAUUGUGUAUUAUACAUGUAAAAUGACAAUGAUUGUUAACUAUGUGAUAGACAUAUUUAAGCUUCAUAGAGAAUAGAAACUUAAAUAUAAUAAAACCACACAUUUAGGGUU